AUGCGCUCAGUGCUGCUUGUUGCGGCAGCCGCGGCGGCCAAGCAGCCGCCGCUCUGGCCCCUGCCGCAGAACUACUCCUGUAGCACGCAAAAACUGACCGUCAUUCCAUCGCCGGCGUUCUUCCGAGUCGACGCCGGCAACGACGUCCUCGCGGCGGCGGCGAAGCGCUACAUACCGCUCGCGUUCCCGCACGGUUGGGGCGCGCCGGGCGUGGGACUACCCGCCCUCUCUGUUGUCGUCGACGACGGCGUCGGAGCAACCGAGCGCGCGGCCAGACGUCCGCGGCGCGCCGACGACGCGGGAGCCCUCUACCCGGCCCUCGGCGACGACGAGAGCUACAAGCUCCGCAUCACGGCCACGAGCGCGACGCUCAAAGCUCGGACAGUGUGGGGCGCGCUGCGGGGUUUGGAAACGUUCUCCCAACUCGUGGCCUAUAACUUCGACACGGCAACCUACCAAGUAGUAGCGUGCACCAUUCAAGAUGCGCCACGGUACCCCCACCGGGGCCUCAUGGUCGACAGCGGCCGCCACUUCCUACCGGUCGCCACAUUGCUACACGUCGUGGACGCGCUGCCCUUCGCGAAGCUCAACGUGUUGCACUGGCACCUCACGGACACGCAGUCGUUCCCCGUCGAGACGCCGUCGCGGCCAUCGUUGUGGCGCGGGAGCUUCUCGAAGCGGGAGCGCUACUCGGUUGAGGACGUUAAACGAGUAGUUGAGCGCGCCCGGCUGCGGGGCGUGCGCGUCGUCCCGGAGUUUGACACGCCGGGCCACGCGGAAAGCUGGUGUUCGGGCUACCCAGGCGUCUGCCCUUCGCCGACGUGCAAGACGCCGCUCGACGUGUCCAAGGCCGAGACGUUUGCCGUGCUGGACGAUGUUCUCGGUGACGCCGCGAAGCUGUUUCCUGAUGCGUUCGUGCACCUCGGAGGCGACGAGGUCGAUACCUCGUGCUGGGCAUCGACGCCGUCGAUCCAACAGUGGUUACGAGCCGUGUGGAAAUCAGAUUUCGGGCGCCCCACGCCAUCGACGCGCCUUCUUGAUUUCCACACAGGUUACGAGCGAGGAACUGGACAACGGCCGACGCCUACUCGUAUUUUGUCUCGACGGCCGCGAAAAUCGCUCGCUCACACCAGAAACGACCGAUUCAGUGGGCCGAGGUCUUCGACGAGUUCGGCGCGACGCUCGACAAGAGCACCAUCGUGCACGUCUGGAAGCUGUCGACGAAUAUCACCGAAGUCGUAGAGAACGGCUACGACUGCCUCGUGAACGUGGGCUACGUCGCGGACUCGUGGUAUUUGGAUAAUCUAGAUGUCACUUGGGCCCAGGCCUACGCCUCGGACCCGCGCGCGACCGUGCCUCCGCACCUUCAGACGAAAGUGCUGGGGGGCCACGGUGAGAUGUGGGGUCGCGCUCGGCGUGUCGUGUUGGUGCCUUCGAUUCGCGCCGAGGGACGUGGCUCACGCUGUCCACGCAGGCGAGACGGUGGACGGCUCGGAUUUCGACGCGACGGUCUGGCCGCGCCUCGCGGCGAUCGGUGAGCGACUAUGGAGCAGUGUGGACGACGUCGACGCGGCGUGGCCGCGACUGGAGGCGUUCCGGUGCUUGCUAUUGGAACGGGGCGUCGGCGCGGCGCCGCUCAACAACUCAAUGGCGCGGGCGGCGCCCGUCGGCCCGGGCGCGUGCACCCAGCGGCGGCGACGAAUAUAGUGUGUUAAAGUUCAAG